AUGGAUCUCCUCCCUCUGCCCAGUUUCGUUGCAAUCCAACAAGAGAUCGGCCAUGCAGAAAGGCCAAUUGAUGAUCUGGAAUACAGCAAGCCCACUCCAGAAGAAUUAAUCGAUCUCGCAAUCCAGAGAAAUAUCGCCCGUAUAGAUAAAUGCGGUCGAGUGGGUGGUGAUGAACCCUUCUACAUCGCAGAUUUAGGCCAGGUAACCAGGCAACACCAGAGAUGGACACGUUGCUUCCCCGGUAUUAGGCCGUAUUAUGCAAUUAAAUGUAAUUCGGACCCGACGCUCCUAAAGUGUCUCGCCGACCAUGGGACAGGCUUUGAUUGCGCAUCGAUUGAAGAGAUGCGUACGGUCCUCAAUCUAGGCGUUGAUCCUGCUCGGAUCUUAUUCGCAAAUCCCUGCAAGGGUGCUGCAUCGCUGGACUUCGCCCGCCGGGCUGGAGUGUUGAGAACGACUUUCGACAAUAUCGAUGAAUUAGAUAUGAUCAAGAUGCACAUGCCCGAGGCGCAACUUCUAUUGCGUAUCUACGCGAAUGAUGAUAGUGCGCUGAUUAGCUUUGGAGAUAAAUUUGGUGCACCGUUGGAUACGACGAAUGCUUUGUUGAUUAGGGCGAGGGAACUCGGAUUUGAUGUUGUGGGCGUUAGCUUUCAUGUUGGAACCGGCGCCAAAUCCCCAACGGCAUUUAGCAAAGCAAUCCAACAUGCCCGUCACGUUUUCACACAAGCAAACAACCUUGGUUAUACACCCAGCAUCCUAGAUAUAGGUGGUGGCUUCGAAGAUAGCAGUUUUGAGUCCCUAUCCUCUCAUAUUCUGCAAUCAAUCCGAACGGAGUUCUCAGCGGGUGUAACCGUCAUUGCGGAACCGGGCCGUUUCUACGCUCGGAGUGCAUAUACGCUUGUCUCGAGAGUGAUUGCCCGUCGUCGCCAGAUGGGUGUUGCGGCUGUGCAAGGUGUGCCUGAUAUGCUUUACCAGAACGACGGCGUUUAUGGCAGUUUCAUGAAUGUUGUUAUGGAGAAGGAAGUGAUGGUUCCUGUUUUGGUGAGGAGGAGAGGAAAAGGGAGUGGUAAUAAGGAGUAUCGAUACUCUGUCUGGGGGCCGACGUGUGAUGGGAUUGAUUGUGUGACCAAGGGAGCGAGAUUUGGGGAGGAGGUUAUGAUUGGAGACUGGUUGAAGUAUAUGGAUAUGGGCGCGUACACAAGUACCACAGCGACCAAGUUCAACGGGUUUAAUACAGCCUUAGAUACCUUCUACGUCAAUAGCGAAACGAUGCCGGGGUUCUAG